AUCAGGCAAGAGCAGAAAAUCAGCUGCUUUUAGAUUUUUACAAACAAUUUGAUAAUUUUACCAAAUUCUUGUAAAAUGGAGUUUAUCGAGCUUAUAUUAAUAAAUAAAUUGGACGGUGUCAUUUUAAAAUAUCCUCAUCACGAAAAUGUUGAUGGGACAGUUUGUAUUACAGGACACCACCUUAUCUUGAGUUCCAGAAAAGAAGGCGUUCGCGAGCUAUGGCUCCUUCACAAAAAUAUAGAUAGCAUAGAGAAGAAGGAAAACAAACCAAGUGGUGGUGUACCACAAGGAGGCUCUCUAUUCCUCAAAUGUAAAGAUCUGAAAAUUUUCCAGUUAGAUAUUGGAACAACUGCAGAACUGAAUCAGAUGGCCCAGACACUGGAAAAUUUGUCUGGUCUGCAAGACCCUGGACUCUUCUACCCAUUUUUUUAUAGACAUAUGCAUCCCAUUGUUGAAAAUGGGCAUACGCUGUAUAGCAUUGAAGGAGAGUUCACAAAGGUUCUAGCAACGGAAGAGUGGCGCGUAUCCCGAGUGAAUCAAAAUUACUCAGUGUGCAACAGUUACGGAAAAGCUGUUUUGGUUCCAAAGAACAUUGACGAUGAGACGAUAGCUGCAGCAGCCACCUUCAGGCAAGGGGGACGGUUUCCUGUGCUCUCAUACAGGCAUAAUAAUGGGGCAGUCCUAAUACGCGCAGGUCAACCGCUCUACGGGCCAAAGCACCGGCGCUGCAGGCCCGACGAAGCCAUCUUGAACACCGUCGUCGCCAUCGGCACCAAGGGUGUCAUAUACGACUUACGAAGCUCGAACUCUAUAUCACAGCAGCAGAGUAAAGGUGGUGGUACAGAAAGUAACUCAAAUUAUUCCCAAUGGAAAAUAUACAACAGAUCAAUGGAUGAUGUUGACAACCAACAACAACUGUUAGAUAGUUAUUCCAAGCUAAUUGAAGCGUGCAACGACCGAGAAAUAUCAAGCGACAAAUGGAUAUCUAAGCUAGAGUCAUGCGGGUGGCCAGAAAGCGUCAGGAACUCUUUGCACACCGCUUGCAUCGUCGCUCAGCACAUACACCAAAAAGCAGAGCCCGUACUAAUACACGGCACGCGUGGUGAAGACGCUACUCUACUGGUCUGCUCUCUAGUACAAAUUAUACUUAACCCCGACUGUAGGACUAUAAGAGGACUCCAAGCUCUAAUAGAACGCGAAUGGCUCCAAGCGGGCCACCCGUUUGGUUCGCGACACCGCUGCGGCCCAUACGGCCCCGCCCAGCCAAAGGCCGCGCCCACAUUUACGCUGUUCCUGGACUGUGUUAGACAGUUCCUGGAACAGUUUCCCUGCAGCUUCGAGUAUCGCCAGUCGUACCUGAUAACACUCUUUGAGCACUCCUACGCUAGUCAGUUUGGUACGUUCAUCUGCGACACAGUACAAGAACGCGAAUCAAGAGGUGUAUUCGAGCAGACCACCAGUAUUUGGUCGUGGAUCAACCAGCCCGACGAGUUGCCCGCGUACAUCAACCCUCUGUAUGACCCCACGCCGAACGUGAUAUGGCCUUCCGUGGCGCCCAUGAGCUACGUUAUAUGGGAAGAGCUCUACCUCCGAUGGCUAGUCGAACAACACACAGAAGAGCGCGAGGAACAGUACCGGGCGAUCCGAACUCGAGAACAGCAACUCAAGUCUCAAGCGCAGCAGCUACGAAGGGAACUGUUCGACAUCGCCCAGCAGUACUACCCGCCUCCCAAGACCGAUCUCAAGACGGACAAGUAGCCCGAUCUGGUUAGUGAGUAGCUUAAUAGUAUCAGUCAAUGUAUUACGUGAGCGAAGAACUUUAUGGAGGAAUACUUCAGUGAUUGCAAGUCAAGGUUUUGGAAUAGUUUGGUAAUGUAAAAUGAGUAUUAGGUAGGUUGGUGGAAACACUAUAACGGUUCGUGUCAAUUCCACGUCCCGUAAAUUAUAAUAUAAUAAUGCAAAACGAAGUCAUUAAAGUUUUACUAUUUCAACCUCACUCGUUCAGCGCUCAGCUCGCAAAAAGUGCUUAUCAAACGGCAUAUAGAUACAAAUAAUAGGGGCACAGUGUAGUCUCCUUUACUUAUGACACUUAUAUUUUCAAUCAUUAUUACCACUCACGCGCAUAAUGCGUUAAAUUGUUAUGUAAAGGAAUUUUGCAUUUUCUUUGACAGUGCUGGUUGUCACUCAGUCUAUUGUUUAGCACCACUGUAGAUUGCUUUAAACCUAUUUAUUCCUUCACCAUUACCAAGAUCUGAAUAUUGUAAGUUGAUCCUACCGAAUUAUUACAUGCCUGGUUAUGCAAACAAGGUAUAGGCACCAGGUGAUAAUUAUGACAAUGUAGCAACA